CUGGGGGCGGGAAGCGCUGAGGCGGCGGCGCCGCCAUUUUGUGCUGAAGCUGCCUCAGGAUGGAGUCGAAACCCGAACCGGAGCUGGCCGUCGCCCCCCGAGCCUUCAGACUCACCGCCCCGCCACGGAGCGCCGCUUCACACACCCCUCCGCACCGCUGGCAGCGCUGAACGGCCUCAUGGAGCACAGCGGACGCGAACGCGCCGGGCCCGGCCCCGGCUUGGGAUGGGCCCGACUGGGCCUGGCCGCGGCCUGGCCGAAGCUGGCGGCGCCCAGCGCGGCGCCCGCCGGCGGCUCGUCCCAGGCGAGCCCGCCCUUCUCGUGGCUGCGCGUGGUGUCGCAGCUGCUGUCGCCGCUGCCCGCCCUCCUGCAGCGGCUGCUGCCCGGCGCCGCGCUGAGCUCCGCGCUCUGCCCCGCCAAGGCACCGCCGCCGCUGGUGCUGCUGCCCAAGGACGCCUCGCUGGACUGGAGCGAGGAGGAGCCCCCUGAGAAGCGGCCGGAGGGCGGCCCGGAGCCGCCGGCGGGGCUGUGGGGAGCGGGACUGGUGAGGAGCAGCCUGGGAGCCCUUCCUGUGGGUUGGUACGUGCUGAGCUUGGAGCAGGGCAAGAGCCACCUGCCGCAGCCGCUGCGAGCCGAGGGCUUGCCCGAGGCUGAAUUCCUGCGCAGCAAGCGCCUGGCGUUCCUCCAGCGCUGGCAUCUGCCCGUGCCCGACCCCGACCACGGCUACCACAGCCUGGAGGAGGAGCAGCAGCAGCAGCACAGGGGGGUCCGCCGGGAAACUGGGGAGCAGCGCGGCGAUAGCGGGGACUCAGAGCAGCCCGAGGAUGCGGGGACGCGGCCCGGAGGUGUCCCCGGGCAGCAGGAGCGGCUCCGGGGUGCGGCUGAGGAGGGGGAAGCCUCGGCUGAAGAGGAACGUGAGGACUCGGAAACGGAGCAAGACUUGCCGGUUUCCACCCGACCUGCCUGUGCGAAUAAAUUAAUCGAUUAUAUCAUCGGGGGAGUAUCCAGCGGGGAGGAGAGUGAGGGUGAGGAUGACUGGGAUGAUGGUGGUGAUGGUGGUGAUGAAGAUGAUGAUGACGGGUUUGACAGCGAGGAGCUGCCCUCGGACUCAGACGCCGGCAGCCAGGACGGGGAGAGGCUCCAUCUGUGGAAUUCCUUCUACAGCUUGGAUCCCUACAACCCUCAGAACUUCACAGCCACCAUCCAGACGUCUUCCAGCGAGCCGGGAAAGGGAAUGUCGGACGUGGAGGAAGAGGAGGAGGAGGAGGAGGAGGAGGAAGACUCGUGGGCAGAGUCCUCCGAGGGCUCUCCUAGUUGCGAGGAGGACGAGUGGGACUGUGAGAGCGUGGAUGAGGGGGAGAGCUUGAAACUUUGGAACUCGUUCUGUAGCUCGGACGAUCCGUAUAACCCCUUAAAUUUCACGGCGGCCUUUCAGACAGCGGAGAAAAAAGGGACGCCGGGUUUGCAAGGGCCAGAGAGGGCGAGUUCUGUCACCUCGGAGCGUUUCGGCGUGUGCAGGGCACAGCUGGAAAAACACAACUGCGGCAGCACUGAGCUGGGGCAGAGCAGGGAGAAAACCACCAGCUCCAAGCGGAAAAAGGUGACAUUCCAGGAGGAGGUGACAGAGUAUUACAUCAGCAGCGAGGAGGAUCGCCGGGGGCCCUGGGAGGAGCUGGCCCGGGACGGCUGCAGGUUCCAGAAACGCAUCCAGGAGACCGAGGAGGCCAUCGGCUUCUGCCUGAGCAGCGAGCACAGGCUCAGGGUGUUGCACAGGCUCCAGCAGUCCCAAUCCCACAGGACUGAGCCCUGCUAGAGCCCCUUCAGCCUCCUGCACUUUGCCUGACCCGUGAUCAGUGACUCCUCCACCACGAGUGGCAGCUGCAUGUCUGAAAUGGGGAGAAAAAACGGGAUUUUAUUCCCCCUUUUUUUUCCCGGUUUGAUAUUCAACAAAUCCUCCUUUUGCUAUCCGGAUGGAAGCUCCCUGAAGAGGGUGCUCUAAUUGCAUUCCUGUUAAUUAGCACUUGACACAAGCAGACUGCUUGGGGUUCCACCCGUUCCCCAAAAAAAGCCUUUUCCUGCCCUGCCUUGGGGAGUCUGGGGACUGUUCUGUUGGAUUUUUGCACUUUGGAAAAGAAAAAAAAACAAAAAAAAAAACAAAGCAAAACCUAUUUUGAAGGAAAUAUUUAUGGGGUUCAUUCCCUGGAAUUGCAGUUUUGAUUUAAAAUUCCCUGAGGGAUGUGCAGGUGAGGAUUUUUUUUUGUGUUUCUCCAUUUUUUUUUCCAGCUUCUCCAAAAGCCUCAUUUUUAAAAAUUCCUUUUUUUAAGGGAUUUUUUCCCCCCUUUUUUUUUUGCUUGGAAUAAUCCAAUGUUUGUUCCUUAAGGUUGGAAUAUUCCAGCCAAGCUUUUGGGUUGAUUGAUUGAUUGAAAUAAUUCCAUUUUCCAGGAUUAUUCCAAAGGGUUCUGGCUGCUGGUCCAACAAAUCCCUUGGUUUUUAGGGCAAGGAAAUUCCUCAUCCCAAUUAAUAAUUCAAAUUUCACGAGGCUGUGGAUGAUGCUUGAAUUUAGGGAACAAAAUUUCUGAAUUAUUUCAUUAAUCUUUGCUGUAAUUCUGCUUUGGGAGAGAUUUUUUUAUUGGAUUUUUUUUUAGAUCCAAUCUGCUUGUCCCGAUAAUUUUCUUGGAUUUAAGGAAAUUAUCUUGGAUUUAAGGACAUUUAAAAGCAAAAAUUCCUCGUUUUUCUUUCCCAAAAAAAAAAAAAAAAUCAGUAUUAACUCUUUGUGUCUGCACUGGGGGGUCACAAAAACAUUUCAGUGAGGAGACAAAACUUUAUUUAUAUUCUUAAUUUAAAAUAUUGCAUUAUCAAAUCAAAACCAUCGAGGGGAAAAAGGGGCUUGGAGCUGGAGGUUGCUGUGGGAAUUUUCCAAGCAGGGACUAAAAAUGGAAAAAAAAUCAAUAUUUGCACAAAGCUGGGUCAAUAAAUCAAUUAUUUGUUCAGCU